AACAUUCACACAGAGUUUCCCCUGCUCAGUAACUGCACCUACUCCUCCUCCGUACGUACACCUCUUGAAGUACUCCGUGAUGCAUCUCUCCACCCUCCGGUGUCAACCACAGUCAGGCACCGGGAAGGCCUCCGAUGGGCUCCAUGCCCAAUCGGAUAUCCGCGGCGGGAAGCACUCGGCGGAAUCGCCCUCGGAGAAGCGCCUGUUCUGCCGGUCUGGGCAGGGCAGAGCAGAGAGCAAGGUCGGGAUCGCGUGCUCGCAAGCAGAGUUACGGUGGUGGCUUGUCGGGAAAUUCUGCUGCAAACCUUAAAAGAAAAAAAAAAUUCGACGGGAAAAAGGCGACAAGGCCCAAAGAGUCUCUCUCCUUGUUUCUUCCCCCGCCGCCACGCCCUUUCGCCGAACCAACCUCUCCGCACUCACUCGCUCCUGUACAUGCAUUCUGAUAGAACUGGAUCACAGCACGCUUGACCAUAUAUAUAUAUAUAUAUAUAUAUAUCUUGCCCUCAGGGAAUCAUACAUACUGUGUAUAGUAUUUUGUUCUGCGUAUCCCGCCCGUGACUCAUCGUUCGAUUUUAUUUCUCCCCGUUGCACGGUUACCCCGCCGGAAGUUUUGAGAUAAAGAAGAACAAGCCUUGCUCGUUCCCUCGCUCCGGAAUAAUAGAGACGCUCUCCUUUUCGAUAGACAGAUAUCCCCCAGCCCAAUUUCGUUCUAACCUCUCCCCACAAUGGCCUCCGAGCAGCCCCAGGUCCCCGCCAAUGGCAACUCCGCCCCGACCGACUUCGCCGUCAAGGCCGGAUUGGCGCAGAUGUUGAAGGGAGGAGUUAUCAUGGACGUCGUCAAUGCGGAGCAGGCCCGCAUCGCUGAAGAAGCCGGUGCCUGCGCCGUCAUGGCCCUCGAGCGUGUCCCGGCAGAUAUCCGCGCCCAAGGCGGCGUCGCACGCAUGUCCGACCCCUCCAUGAUUAAAGAAAUCAUGAACGCAGUCACCAUCCCCGUCAUGGCCAAGGCCAGAAUAGGCCACUUCGUCGAGUGCCAGAUCCUCGAGGCAAUUGGUAUCGACUACAUCGAUGAAUCCGAAGUCCUCACCCCUGCCGACCACCUCUACCACGUCAUCAAGCACCCGUUCAAGGCCCCCUUCGUCUGCGGCUGCCGCAACCUUGGCGAAGCCCUCCGCCGCAUCCAAGAAGGCGCCGCCAUGAUCCGCACCAAGGGUGAGGCCGGAACCGGCGACGUCGUCGAGGCCGUCAAGCACAUGCGCACCGUCAACAGCGAGAUCGCCCGCGCUCGGUCGAUCCUCACCUCCUCGACGAACCCCGAGGUCGAGCUGCGCGCGUACGCCCGCGAGCUGGAGUGCUCGUAUGAACUGCUGAAGGAGACGGCGGAGAAGGGACGCUUGCCAGUGGUGAAUUUCGCCGCCGGAGGUGUUGCUACCCCCGCCGACGCCGCCCUCAUGAUGCAGCUGGGCUGUGAUGGUGUCUUUGUCGGUUCCGGUAUCUUCAAGUCCGGUGAUCCCAGAAAGAGGGCUCGCGCCAUCGUGCAGGCCGUGACUCACUACAAUGAUGCCAAGAAGCUUGCGGAGCUCAGUGAGAACCUGGGUGAAGCCAUGGUUGGCAUCAGCGUGCAGGAGAUGAGCGACAAGGAGAAAUUGGCGAAGAGAGGGUGGUGAGAGUCUCGGUCGCCUCUCGACCACCCAAACCCGCUAGGAAAUCCUGUCUGCUCAGUCCACAUCUCUGAUCUCUGAUCUCACUUGACAUAUAUAUAGUUAUGAGUGGCAGGAAUUUUAUUGGCAUGUAUUUUCAAGCGUAAUAUGUGCAUGUAUGUACAGAUGUUAAGCUCAUUUGGAUAUCCCGCCAUGGCCAAUUGGAAACAGAAGGAAGUAGUUAAAUCUUUACGCGAAGCGAAUUUUCAACGUAAAAACAAUUCUUUUCAUUUUUUUUUUUUUCA